CGCUCUCUCUCUUUGCUCUUGCGCUCACAGCGAGAGGGGAUAUCGGGAAGGAAAGAAUGAGGAAGAAGUCCUCCGUGCUGCGCGCGUCGUCCCAACAAAUGCGGGUUUGCUGAUGAAGCGCCACUCCGGUCACCCGAUCACACAGGUCGUCCAGGUCGUGCUGUAUGGAAACUAGGAGUAGGCAACAAUUAAACCAUAACAGCAACAGAUAAAAAACUGUCAGUGCAUGGGAAUCCGGACACCUCUCCCCUUCUUUUGUGCGUCUCGCUCGGUGGAUACGCCGCCUGGGCUGGCGUAUAAGAGCUCGCUGCGUCUCCAUUUCCAUUCCCCACUACUGGCUUACCUCUACUACUACUACUCCUCCUCUUUCUCCCUGUUCUGCUAUUAUUAGUAGAGCUGUUGUGCUGCUUUUACUACUGACUGACUGUCUUCUCCGGAUUGUGGGCACACUCUGGAUAAAAAGGUUCACCAACCCCAUUAAUCAUCACCACACAGUUCUGGUCCAGACGUCAAUAUGGGCCGCUUGGAUCACUCGUCCCUCCUGUCACCUGGCCUAAGGCUAGCAGUUGUCACAGUGAUUCUCCUCCUUGAGCUCCAUCCCUCCAUGGCCGGCGCUCCCCAAGAGCAUAACUUAGGAGGCUCUGUUUCGGCGGUUUCCACAAAUAAAACUGAUUGCACAAAGGCUGAGCCAUGCUCAAGGGGUGUGCUCUUACCAGUCUGGGAGCCUUUAAAUCCAUCAUUUGGUGACAAGGUUGCCAGGGCAACAGUUUACUUUGUGGCCCUGGUCUACAUGUUCCUUGGCGUGUCAAUCAUUGCAGAUCGUUUCAUGGCAUCCAUAGAGGUCAUCACAUCACAGGAGAAGGAGAUCACCAUCAAGAAACCCAAUGGAGAAACCACCACCACCACUGUUCGGAUCUGGAAUGAGACCGUCUCUAAUCUCACCCUUAUGGCUUUGGGCUCCUCAGCUCCUGAGAUCCUGCUGUCUGUCAUUGAAGUCAUAGGUCAUGGGUUCAAUGCUGGAACGCUCGGCCCGUCCACCAUUGUUGGCUCUGCGGCGUUCAACAUGUUCGUCAUCAUCGGCCUCUGCGUUUACGUGGUACCUGAUGGCGAGACGAGGAAGGUCAAACACCUCCGCGUCUUCUUCGUCACGGCCACCUGGAGUAUCUUCGCCUACAUCUGGCUCUAUCUGAUCCUGUCUGUUAUCUCGCCUGGCGUGGUGCAGGUGUGGGAAGGGCUGCUCACUUUCCUCUUCUUCCCCAUCUGUGUGGUGUUUGCUUGGAUUGCAGACCGCCGCCUGCUGUUCUACAAGUAUGUGUACAAGCGCUACCGCACUGGGAAACAGCGUGGCAUGAUCAUCGAGACCGAGGGUGACCGUCCACUACCUUCCAAGGUGGACAUCGAGAUGGAUGGGAAGAUGCUGAACUCUCAUGGUGUUGACUUCCUGGAUGGUCCGCUGGGUUUGGAUAUAGAUGAGAAGGAUCUUGAUGAGGAGGAGACCCGAAGAGACAUGGCCAAGAUCCUGAAGGAGCUAAAACAGAAACACCCUGACAAGGAGGUGGAACAACUUAUUGAGCUUGCCAACUACCAGGUUCUGAGCCAGCAGCAGAAGAGCCGUGCUUUCUAUCGCUGCCAGGCCACUCGACUGAUGACGGGUGCUGGCAACAUCCUAAAGAAACAUGCAGCUGACCAGGCACGUAAAGCCGUUAGCAUGCACGAGGUUCGCUCUGAUGCCGGUGAUAAUGAUCCCAUCUCUAAGAUCUUCUUUGAGCCUGGUUCUUACCAGUGCCUUGAGAACUGCGGCACAGUGGCAGUGAAUGUGAUUAGACGUGGUGGCGAUUUGGGCAAAACUAUCUCUGUGGAGUACCGUACAGAAGAUGGCACAGCCAACGCUGGCUCAGACUAUGAGUUCACAGAGGGAGUAGUGGUCUUCAAGGCUGGCGAGACGAUGAAGGAAAUCCGUGUGGGGAUCAUCGAUGAUGACAUCUUUGAAGAGGAUGAAAACUUCCUGAUUCACCUUUCAAAUGUUAAAGUGUUGUCCUCAGAAGGGGAGGAGCCAGAGGAAGGCGAGUCUGCCAAUCAUGUGGACUCAGUGGCGUGUCUUGGCUUACCCUCCACAGCGACCGUUACCAUCUUUGAUGACGACCAUGCCGGUAUCUUUACCUUUGAGGAGCCUGUAUGCCACGUGAGCGAGAGCGUCGGCACCAUGGAGGUGAAAGUGCUGAGAACAUCUGGAGCUCGUGGUGUGGUCCAUUUGCCAUACAAGACGGUGGAGGGAACUGCCCGAGGGGGUGGAGAAGACUUUGAAGACACUCAUGGCCUCCUGGAAUUUCAGAACGACGAAAUCUUGAAGACCUUUACGGUUAGGAUCUUAGACCGGGAGGAGUACAAUAAGCAGUCCUCCUUCUACCUUCUGCUUGAAACCCCCCAGUGGAGACGCAGCGGGAAGGAUCGGACAGAGGACAAGCAGAAAGAAGCAGAGGAGGAAGAAGAGCCGCUGACAGGGAAAGAUGAAGAAGAAAGGCGCAUUGCUGAGAUGGGCCGCCCCAUGCUGGGAGACCAUGUCAAACUGGAGGUCAUCAUAGAGGAAUCGUACGAGUUCAAGAACACAGUGGAUAAGCUGAUAAAGAAGACCAACCUGGCCCUGCUGGUAGGAACCAACAGCUGGAGAGACCAGUUCAUAGAGGCUAUCACUGUGAGCGCAGGCGAAGAUGAUGAUGACGAGGAGUGCGGGGAGGAGAAGCUGCCAUCAUGUUUCGACUACGUCAUGCACUUCCUGACCGUGUUCUGGAAGGUUCUGUUCGCCUUUGUCCCACCCACAGAGUACUGGAACGGCUGGGCCUGCUUCGUCGUUUCCAUCUGCAUGAUUGGGCUGCUCACCGCCAUCAUUGGGGACCUGGCCUCUCAUUUUGGCUGCACAGUGGGCCUGAAAGACUCAGUCACAGCAGUAGUAUUUGUUGCAUUGGGAACCUCUGUACCAGAUACCUUUGCCAGUAAGGUAGCUGCUAUCCAGGAUCAGUAUGCAGAUGCAUCCAUUGGUAAUGUGACGGGGUCCAAUGCUGUCAAUGUUUUCUUGGGCAUUGGGGUGGCGUGGUCCAUCGCUGCAAUCUACCACAACAGUCAGGGGAAGGAGUUCAGAGUGGAACCAGGAACUCUGGCCUUCUCCGUCACGCUCUUCACCAUCUUUGCCUUCAUCUGUGUUGCCACACUGAUGUACCGAAGGCGGCCAGAGAUCGGUGGAGAGCUGGGAGGGCCCCGGACUUCGAAGAUCAUGACCACCAUGCUCUUCUGCAGCCUGUGGCUCCUCUACAUCCUCUUCUCUUCACUGGAGGCCUACUGCCACAUCCAGGGUUUCUAAAGUAAUGCUGAUGAUGAGGAGAAAGGUGGGAAAGAAAGAUAAAAUGGAGGAAAAAACCAAGGGGAGGUGGAUGAAUGGAUUUGGAAAUGAAGGCUGUCUCACUGAUCUAUCAUUCCCUCCCUUUACGCAAUAGACUGAAUGACAGUUGAAUGGAUAGAUGUACAGAUGAAGGAAUUGAGGCUGCAUUAAAGCAUCUAAAGUCUGAAUGAAGGAAAUACAGAUGCAUGGAAGGACAACAACAAACAGGAAAAUCACAGGAGCUUGAGGGCUCAGAAGAUGAUGAAAUAGUUGAAAUAAUGAAUUAAGUGACACUUUCUGGUCUCAAUAUUUAAAGUUCAAACUGAUCAAGUUGUCUUAAAUCCAUACCUGAUUUAAACCCAUUAAAACCCUCCCAAAUUAUGUCCUACUGGGAUCAACCAUACAAAAAAAUCUAAACAAGUUUUAUCAAGACAACAAGUGGAAGGUUAAAGAGACCAACACAUUAUCACAGCUCCUAGGAAACGUGGUGUCAACAUCUAUCCUGUUAAACCCAUCUAGACAGAGCAGUGCUGUUUCUGCAUCAAUCUACAGUUACAGGCUGCAAUGAGAUGGAAAAAGAACAGUGAAUAACUGAACCAGUUUGUAAAUGCAUGGCCUGACUAUACUGAAAACACAAUCAUAAGAAACUGGAUGUAUUGCCAACAACCGUUUAAUGACAACAAAAUGUGUGUGCGUUGGUGUGAGUGUGUUCCUGUGUUAGUGUGUUGUUGGAAGAUGGUCAAGUACUGUGAAAAAACGCCUCUGAUUAUGCUGUCGCUAUGUAAGACAGAGUAUGCUUUCGUAUUCCAGGUCUUUAUGACUCUUGCCCUCCCAGCCUGUAGAAAAGCUGAAUAAGACUCUUUUGUGUGAGGGCAAGUUCAACGAAGCAAAAUGUUUUGAAGGUAGGAAAUGUAAAUAUUAAGAGCUGAAAGUACACGUCAGCUCCAUUAUGGUUCUUCUGAAUGUCUUGGUUACGCCAUACGCUCUUGAUUGGGCCCCCUCUGUUGCUUUAUACUGUAGAUAUAAAUGAUUUAAGGUCUAAGUUGAAUCAAGAAGGGGUUAGUGUGCUUUUACCUUUAAUAGGCCACGUCUGAAAAGACGCAACGGCCACUCUACCGUUAAAAACUGUUAGAGAAACUAUUAUCAUUGCAUUAAUACUAAGGUUUAUCUUGCUUGUUUUUUGUUUUUUUUUCUUAAACCAUGGAAUUCCGAUACCUGAUUUUCCACCUCAGUAAGUGUCAGUCGUUUCAUUGCAAUACACUAGACUAAAAAAUGUAGAUACCACCCUCUGUGAAACCUCAUAGGCUGUCUGUUUUUACAACUCCUCCAUUGUUGUAUAUCUCACAUUGAUGCCCAUUGGUUCACUCAACAGCUCCAGACAUUAUCUCUGCGUGUCUUAAGCACCUGGCUGGUCAGUGGACCAAUCCAAAAUCCUCAAGGGCUUUGUAUGAAACAACCACUUACACCUAACCCUGACCCCUGAUUUAUAAUUCUUCACCAAGAUUGGUCUUCAGGGAGCUAUUUAACAGGGAUUUUUAUUCCUUCACAUAAGACACCAUCUGCCCCAUUUACUUACUCAGUUGCGAUGAGUUGAUGAUGACAUUGCCAGAUGUAGUAUCCAGAGAUUUCAUAUUUGAAUAAGUGACCCAGUGAUCCAAGGUGCUUGGUCAGACCAGGCCUAAACCUUUGGGAGCGUCCUUACCAAUACAGCAACCUUAUUCCACAUCAGACUAUCCAAGCAAUCUUCUUACUACUUUGUAAAUUCCAUCCCUCAAGCAUGUGACUCAUCAAUUCUUCAACAAAUGUGGUAAUGUGUUUUUACUGAAGGUCAGGUUUUGCUCUUGAUUUAAGAACUAGUAUCUUAUUUGCAUGAGUCCUUGCUUUGCACCUGCAUUUGAAAUCAACAACUGGCAAUCCAGAUACUGGUAAUUCAGUCCAGAUACUGGAGGCAACAGAUGAUGUUAGAGUCCAUAGGAAAUUGCUGCUGGUGAAGAGGUAGUCAUACUAACAAGUACAGGUAAGUUGUAGGUAAGAUGACCCCUGAUGGGUACAUCAUAUCUCUCCAACCCAGACUAUGUAGUAAAACACGAGUUCAGCCAGAUUUUCAAAUCUUCAAAGUUCAUAAUAGUGACAUACAGCAGAUCCCUAGGUGUUCUGCUUCAGGGUACAGGCUAGCAAACCUGAUCUCAUAGACCGGCCAAGGCUUUUCACUGUCUGGUUAUAGGCUACAUGUAUCAGAAGAUGCUUUUAGGAGCACAACAUUACCAUAAAUAAGAUAUUUAAUUUGGGUUGUAGUAAAAUUAACCUCACUUGAGUACUAGUGCAAGAGACUGUCAUUGACAAACACCAACUUGCUGGGAAUCAUCUGACAUGAUUCAGACAUAAACAGACAAAUGGAACAUAGAAAAGUGGCUUAAAAACCUGUCUUGAAAAUUUCCAGGCCUACUGAAUCUCGACUAUCAGAGAGGUUUACACUUAAGACUGUUAACUCCUUUACAUGUCAUCCGUAGAGAUCUCAUAGAAAAUAAAACAUACUAUUAAUGUGGGCGUCCAUGGUUUGUUUAAUGGCACUAUAAUAUACGCAUCCAAAUUGGCCAGAAAUUUGCUGUUGAUGUUGUGUUUUUUUUUACUUGGUGUUUAAUAUUAUAAGUAGUAAUUUAAUCAUCAUCUGUAAAGUUAGUUGUCCAAUCUCCUUGUAAUCACUUGUAAUCAAUUUAAACUUGGCAAACUCUUGCCAUGGAACACCUUUAAUCCUUGUGUGAGAGUAGAACUGAGCAGAGCUGCAGAUUCGAUGAGUUUGGCAAAUCCAACUAGGAUGAUUUCUGCAAAUGUUUCACCUUUUGUUGUCAUGAACACAUUUUUUCCUCAUUCCUAAAACUAGAUAUUAGGAAUAUGGGAACACUGCAGAGUGAUUGAUUCAAGUGAAACGUUUCAGUUGAUCUUGGAAAUUCAGAGUUGCCAGUCGUAUAUGUCUUGGCAAAUGGCCUCUGAACUUUGAAUUAUGGCUUGGACACUACAAGCAAUUUCAGUACCUUGAGUAGCCAAAUCAUAGUUACAUGAAUGUGAUCAACUUAGGUGUGAUUUCACUCCCAGCUCUAACAUCAGAUUUCUGAGGUAAAUGGAACACAGUAAACAUUUACCUACACUGAAAAAGGAAAUUGUGGACACACUUUUAAAAAAUGCUUCAAUGUGUGGCAAUUAGGGCUGUCAAAAGAUAAAAUUCUUAAAUUGUGAUUAAUCGCCAUAUUUGUGUUGUUAAUUGUGAUUAAUCGCAUCCUAUUCAUUGCAUUUGAAAAUUGCACUGUUUUGCAUUUAAGAUUGUUAUUGUGUCGUUUGGGAUUUUUCUAUUGUCUUUAACUAAGGGUCAUUGAGUUCCUGUUUGGGUACAAAGUAGACCUGCUUUUAUAGACAUAUUGAACAUUAAGACAUAAACAUAACUCUGGAAGACAGAACUUGUUAUGGAUUAAAAAGGAAAUAAGAGGACAGUAAUAAUUUGAUAUCACAAGAUGCAUUUGACUUUGUUGGACUUUUUUUUUUGUUUAAUCACUGCAGCUAUAGGGAGAUUCUUCAGCGGCUUAACCAAAGUGAUGAAAAGGAAAAUAAAAUGUGCAAUUAAUCACAUUUUUUUUUAAGUUGAGCACUAAUUGUGGAUUGUAAUGAAGCACAAUUAAUGUGAUUAAUCUUGAUAGCCCAAGGUACAAUCAAUUGAAUUAAGUUUAUUCAACUCAUAUAAGCUGCAACUUCAGUUUACUUCAUGUAACUUGUAACUUGAGUUGAAUAAACUUAACCCAGUUGUUUAUGAACAGUUGAACACAUUUUUUAAGUAGGGCCACAGUUUUCUUUUUUCAGUGUAAUUCAAGCUGCAAGGUUUGCAUUCUGUAAUCAGGCCACCUUGAAAAUGAGUAAACACUUGCAUACAGUUUUAUAAUACAGUAAUUCACACUUGUGGAAAAGUUAAAUACUAUGUGAUGUAAAACCAAAUGUUUAGAGCAUUAUAUGAAUAUGAUUUACAUAGGUACCACUUGUAUUUGCCAAACUCUGCCCAAUGUGUGCGCCCUCUUUAGAGUAGCUGUUCUCUUGUGAAGGCCUUGGAGUGGCAGUUUACCCCUGUUUUGCCAAAGGGAAAUCUUUCUAUCUGAAAUAAUUACACUCCAACCUGUAAAGGGUUUUCUAACCAAUGGAUCUUUCUUAAAACACCAAAUAUUAUUCAUAUUUCAUUAACACUCUGAAAAGAGACAAAAAAUGCCUUGUUGUUGUUUAAACCUAACCAGAAUAUUUCUAUUUAAAUUUGUAUGCAUUUGUCUCUUCACUGGCAUGGAGCUUAAGGUUUAUACACUGUAAAAAGUAAAGCUAGCUUGUGCUAAACAAAAAAAAAAAAAAAAAUAUGUGGAAGCUGUUCGCCUCACUUUCUGAGUAACUUCAACAGGGUAUAAAUUAUCUCUAAGAUAGCUUAAUCAUGUUGGACGUACUUAAAAGAAAUGCCCGCUGCCUACUUUUUCAGAGUGAACUUGUGCAGGAAUGAAAAGCUUGCAGUAGUGUAGUCGCUGCAUCAAGUAAGUUUGUUGCACAACAUUUUUUUCAGAAGCAAACUUUUUGCAGUGAUGGGAGAUACUUCUUUUGUUGCACCACCUCUUUCAGUGUAUCGAUCUAGGCUUGAAUUGAAGCUGUUUGCAGAGUAACGACAGCUGCUCAAACCACAUGGUGUUUGGACCAAGAUGGGAAGCUAAAAUUAGCCAGUCAUCUUAGCUGUGACAAGCAAGUUUGCCCUCUUUACCUGCCACCGACCAAGUCCUUUCUGUACUAAACGUACCUUCCUAGGACCACAAUAGUGAUUGAACAUAGCUUCCUGCCUUGGUUUGGACUUAUGAGGUUUGAAGGGUCCAAGGUUAGCCAGGCCACCGCUGUAAAUAUACCAUUAAAAAGCAAGCAAGGAGUGCAUAAAUGAGCUGUAGACUUAAGUAGAUGUUUUUUUAUUAUUCCUUUGUACUGGGGUUUUAAGAAGUUCAGUUUUAAUUGAAGGAAAAGUAUUGCACUGGUUCCUGUUGCUUAUGUGAAACGGCUAUGAUGUUUCGUUUAAAGAAGUUGCUUCAGUUGUAAACAACAACAACCGUUUUGUUUUUUGACUCUAAUGCUCACAAUAAUAAUGUUGUGCCCGAUGUCAAGAAAAAUUACAAUGGUGUUGAAUCAGUGGUGAACCAUUUGCUUCUGAUGUAAAGAAUAAUGAUGUGUUUUGGUUGCCUCGUUUACUUCUUAACUGACUGUCUGACAGACUGAGGAAUAAGUGACUGCAACAAUAAACAAAUAAAUGAACGAAAGGAUGGACAAGCUGGUAAACGCUGAGCAACGUCACACCGAGACGUGGUGGAAAAAUAAACGCUACCAGAGAGAUUCGCCACCCUUAAAGCGACAUCUAAUGAGUACAAUGUAAAUGGAUGGUGAUAAAGAGAGGUGAAGAGAAGGAGAAAGGAGAUGAACAAUAAAAAUAAAAAAAAAGAUGAAGUUACAGCCAUACCUUGAUUUCUGGGUCAGUGAGACUGAAAUGGACUUCUCCUGCCCAGCAUGUGUAUUGUUAUGGUGUCUCUCUGUCCUCCUGUGUCUCUUCCCCCUCUUUCUGUCUUUCUUUCUCAGCUGCUGAAGCAACCAAAACAGGCAGCGUUCCUUUUGUUCUGUCCUCUCUCCCAAAACUCCCUCUUUAACCCUUCGUCUCCCGAUGCCAUGUUUUCCAUAUUUUGGAAUGUCAAUGUGCUACUUGUUGACACUGUGCAUGAAUGAUAACAUGUCUGUAUAUAGUUAUAGAGAAUUGUAUCCCAUUCCCCUGGUGUUGACAAAAUAAUGGUUUGAAUGUUGUACAGAUUCAGGUUUUCCGUUCAGUUCUGUUUUAUUUCUAAUGUAUGUAGAGCUUAAAAACAAUAUGUUUUUAACUUAAAGAAAAGCUCUUUUGUUUUGGAGUUAAUUGCACAUUACUGAUAAAUUAAGUUUUUUGUUGUUAAAAAGGCAAUAUCUGCUGUUAUUGAAUGAAAGAUGAGAUCUUAAAGGAGUUAUGUAUCUAAAUAAAUAAUCUAUAUGGGAGUUGCAUGGGUUGUUUGUACAAAAAAGACACUGCUUGCUACUUCUAAUACCGUGGCUGUAUUCUCUGACAGAGGGUGAGGAAUAAUGUAUGUACAUCUAAAGGUUAUUUUGUCAUUAAAGAAAUAAUAAUAUAGUGUGUAUAUACUGUACAGUGUUAUAAGUGAGGUGGACUGUGUGGCCAUCACGCUAACCGUAGAGAGUUAAUUCUACAUAUUUAUUUAAAGGUAACAAAAACACUCACUACACUCAAGAAUGACAUAUAUUGCCUUUUUGGAGAAGUUGUUAUUGUUUUCUCUUUUUCUGCUUUUUCUUACUCAUCCUCUCUUGCUGCUCUCUCUUUUCCAUCUUUAUCUUUUUUUUUCUUUUAAUCUUUCUCCACAUCUUUGUCUUCGAUUCGACUCAAGGGGUGUUGUCGGCAGGUUUUUGUCAGUCUUUUAAAACAGCUUCUGACCCAGACAGUGCCACUUUUUCUAUCCAUCUGUCUGCCUGUUUAUCAUCUAUUCAUCGCUAUACUAUAAUAUCCUUUAGAGUUAGUACAGCAUGUCUGUCCAUGUCUCCAUCUGUCAGAGUCCCAUCAAGUAUUUUUGUCACCAUCUGUCAGCCAUUAUUCUCUUUCCUUGAGCCCUCCCUCUGCUACAACAUUUUUAAAUUUAAUUUCCACGUCUUUCUUUCUGUCUCUGCUCUCCCAAAGGGUGUAGUUGAGGUUUCAUUGUUUUUAACUUGAUUUGGUGUGUUUUUUUUAAUCGAAUAAUAACCACAACAUUUAUAAUGUUGGUAAUUACAACAUUUUUUGUCUGUUUGCCGCUGUCCUCUGUGUGUGUGUGCGUGUGUUAUUUUUUUAAAUUUGUUUUUAAUAUUAAUUUUGUUGAACACAAACUGACAGGAGGAAAGUUGUUGUAUGUGUGUUGCCACUAACUGUGACUGCUCUCCAUGGUACUUCUGAUAAAACCAAUUAAAUAAAGUUUGGGAUA